AUGUUGGCCUCAAGCAAACCCUCAUUCCAAACCGAAACAUUCCCGCCAACAACAUUGUCAACCAACAUUGACUGUGGGGAUAGGGGGAGGGCGAAAAAGGGGUUUUCAGUCGGCGGCUCGGUUCCGAGCUCGGCCAUUUCGAUAAGCCAAGAAGAGAGUGGGUUUUCGUUGCCCAGCCACAGACUAUCCACAACUUUGAUACAAAAUAGAUCAAGUACAUCCGAAAUCAGCUGACAACAGAAAUGUUGAUCCUUCACAAUCAGCAAGUCAAAUACUACAAGAUAAUCGUACUUUUAUCAUCGCAAAUAUGGAAGUUGUCAACCAAGUGAUCACCAAAUUAGCAGAUCGUGAAGUCCUGAAUGAUCAAGAACAAAUUAACCUUUUCCGUCAUCCAAAUGAUAAAUCAARAAGUGGUGAAUUAAUAGUCAUUCUUGAUCAAAAACAGAAUGGAAUUCAACCAUUUAUUGAAGUUCUUGAGGAAACAGGUUURGAUAAAAACAUAGAAAUAGCAGAAAGACUGAGAAAUAUGUUGUUAUAAUAGUGUUGUCUAAGAUCAAUAUGACUUAAAAGAG